UAAAGCGACAUGGCGGCGCGGCGCUCUGCGUCUCUUCUGUUUAGAAGAGGUACUGAAGCAACUUUUCGGGAUCCACAACUUCUGACAACGGAUGACAGCGCUACACCUUGACGUUCCUGCACGACUUGUGAUAACUGCCGUUCGAUAUUUAGCUUCUUUUUGGCCACUUGUGCUAGCAUGCUAGUUGGUUAGCCCUUGUUGACAAGUAAACUCAAGGUGCAUUUGAGGACCGACCUUUACACCGUAAAUAUAUCCACAACUAUACACUGUUGUGAAUAUAUUUAAUAUUUAUUGAUAUAUAUUCGGGUUCAUCGAGUGCAUACGUUUUCUUCGUGGUCUGUAUUUAAUCCGUUAACACGAGAUCAGCAAGCUUCAUUCGGUGUUGACCUUUUACUCUGACUUUGAUUUUUUUUGUCAUUAUUCCAUUAUAUUUCCUUAAUAUUUAUUUGAUUGCACUCUCAAAUAUUUUUGUGCAUGCCAUUCGUUCUUUGUGUAUAGGUGUUGGUGGUCUCCUGAAGAAAGGGUGUAGCCUUCCAAACUCAACGUUACUAUAUCAGCGACAUCGGUGUUACUUCUGGGGGAAGUGGAUAAAUAGCACUUCUCCUCAUGUGGUUCGACCAGCUACAGUUAGACCUGCUUACCCGGUACCCAAGGUUAUGUCGGUACUGGUGUGGUCCCAGAAUGGCCAGACUACAUUGAGAUCAAGGACCAGGAGCAGGUUGAUGGCCUCGCCAGAGCCUGUCAACUUGCCCGACAUGUACUGCUGCUCGCUGGAAGCAGUCUGAAAGUUGGUAUGACGACCGAUGAAAUAGAUUUCAUUGUACAUCAGGAGACAAUCAAGCACAGCGCUUAUCCAUCCCCUCUGAGAUACGGUGGCUUCCCAAAAUCCGUGUGCACAUCUGUGAACAAUGUUGUUUGUCAUGGUAUCCCAGACAGUCGGCAACUCCAGGACGGCGACAUCAUCAAUGUUGAUGUCACUGUGUAUUUGGAUGGUUACCAUGGUGACACUUCAGAAACGUUCCUUAUUGGCCAAGUGGAUGACGUUGGGAGGCAACUGGUGGAAACGGCUCAGCGCUGCCGGGAUGAGGCCAUUGCUGUUUGUGAACCAGGAGCACCGCUCAGCGUAAUAGGAAACACUAUCAGUGAAAUAGCUAACGCUAGCGGGUUCCAAAUAUGUCCCUAUUUUAUUGGACAUGGAAUCGGCUCCCACUUUCACUGCCAUCCUGAGAUUUGGCACCAUGCAAAUGACAACAACAUGACUAUGGAGGAAGGGAUGGCAUUUACAAUAGAACCUAUACUGAUGGAGGGCUCACCUGAGUUCAGAAUCUUGAGGGACAAGUGGACUGCCGUGUCAGCAGACGAUAAAAGAUCUGCUCAGUUUGAGCACACCGUAGUCAUCACAGCUGACGGUGUGGAGAUUCUCACCAAACUUCCAGAAGAGAACGAUCGGUGACCUGAAAGUUCACAUAGACACCUGUCUCUCACUUGCUGAGGCUACAACAUGAACCUCAACCACUGUGGUUUUAUUUAUGGCAACCAUGCACUGCAAUUGUCUACUGUUUAUAAAAAGAAAUGUGGCAUAUUUUGUAAAUAUUGAAUAAAAUAGUGUUAUUUCUG